GGAUUCCAGGUGCCCAGCUCGCGGCUUCCGGGUUCCGUCCUGGCUCGGGGCUGGGGUGGUGGCGGUGGCUGCCGGGCGCUUCCGAGCUCGCAGCAGACUAGGAGUAUAGGUCUAAGCGGAGCGUGGGCAGGCGGCACGGGGAAAACUGCCUACGGUGCACGUCCGUAUGUCAGGAAGUGCCAAAGGGGCGGGGAAGAGGCGGUGGUGGAGCUCGGGCUGGGACCGGGCCGGGACAGACGCUUUUUUGCGGCAUUUCCCAAGGCAGAGGGGAAGGAGGCCGUCACCCUCCUAGCUUCUCUCAAUGUUUUUCAAAACUGGCGAGGUGAACUUCAGCGGGAGCCCAGUACGGUGAUUUCUUAGGAGGCACAGAAGUGUUUGAAGGGCUGCGUACCCUAUUGAAGGAUGGCAGAAGCAGUGUUGAUUGAUUUCUUUGGUUUGAAAUUUAACUCUCAGAAAAACAGUCACCAGGUAUUACUGAAGACACUAAAUGCUGUCCGAUACCAUCAUGCUGCCAAGGCCAAGUUUCUUUGCAUAAUGUGUUGUAAUAGCAUCAGCUGUGAAAGGGAUGGGGAACAUAACUUUGAAUUGGAAGCAAGCAAUGGAUUAUCAGCUCUCUUGAGAGAGUUUGAGACUGUUAGCCAUCCUAGUAUGGCUGCCUCUUUGUAUACCAUUAAACAAAAAAUUGAUGAAAAAAACUUGAGCAGCAUUAAGGUAAUUGUACCCAUGCACCGGAAGACAUUGCUGAAAGCUUUUAUUGAUCAACUCUUCACCAACGUUUACAAUUUUGAGUUUGAAGAUUUACAGGUGACUUUGAGGGGAGGUCUUGUGAAACAGUCCACUGAAAUAAACAUGAUCACAGAUCAAGAACAAGAAGCAAUCCAGAAUGAAAUAAAAACAUAUUUGAGAAGUCUGCCAGCUCUGAAAGGAGAAUUAACCAUUAUCACAUCUCCAUUAAUCUCAGAUAUUUUCUUGCAUGGAUUUACUACAAGGACAGGUGGAAUAUCUUACAUACCAACUCUUAGCUCAUUCAAUCUCUUCAGUAGUUCCAAACGGAGGGAUCCCAAGGUUGUUGUCCAAGAAAAUCUGCGUAGGUUGGGGAAUGCUGCAGGAUUUGAUGUGGAGAAAUUUUACCAAAUAAAGACUGAUCAUGCCAAUGACAUCUGGAUUAUGGGAAGGAAGGAGCCUGAAUCUUACGAUGGAAUCACCACAAAUCAGAGGGGAGUCACAAUAGCAGCUCUUGGUGCUGACUGUAUACCAAUAGUUUUUGCUGAUCCUGUCAAAAAAGCAUGUGGGGUUGCUCACUCUGGUUGGAGAGGUACUUUGUUAGGUGUUGCUAUGGCUACAGUGCAUGCUCUGAUCACAGAAUACAGCUGUAGUUUGGAAGACAUUAUUGUUGUACUGGGACCUUCAGUAGGACCUUGCUGUUUUACUCUGCCAAGGGAAUCAGCAAAGGGAUUUCAUAAUCUUGAUCCUGAAUGUGUACGGUUAUUUGAUUCACCGAAUCCCUGUGUUGACAUUCGUAAAGCCACUAGGAUUCUUCUAGAACGGGGAGGAAUUCUACCACAGAAUAUUCAGGACCUGAACCAAGAUCUCAACAUCUGUACAUCCUGCCAUCCUGACAAGUUUUUUUCCCACGUCCGAGAUGGCCUUAAUUUUGGUACACAGAUUGGCUUCAUAUCAAUUAGAGAAUGAGAUAUUGACUGGAUUUUUACACAACUGUUUCCUGCCUCCUCCUAAACCAACGACAAGAGACAAAUUUAGCUGUUUGAUUUACUUAAAACCAAAAGGAUUAUAAUGGAUAAUUCAUCUUUAGGUAUAUUUUCACUAUUAUCCAAAACCAAAUGAUUUUUAUUUGAUUCUAACAAAAUCUAGAUAAGGAUUAUUCGUAAAGUGUGGUCUAUUUUCUGUGUUGCAUGAAUCAGGAAUAGGUCUGUUCAUUUCAGUAUUUAUUGGGUACCCUCUUUGUCAGGCAUUGGUGAAGCAUAGGUGAGUCAAAAUAAGUAAUAAUUUUUUCCCCUUGAGUCUAAUGCAAUGGAGGAGAUAAACACUUAUAAUACUUUAAUUUUGAUAGCCGUGGAAGAGUACUGAAGAAGAGAGGAUUAAUUCUCUCUGGAAGGCAGGAUAGGGAAAGUGCUAUAUAGAAAAUGAUAUAUCACGUGGGCCCAAAAGAUGUACAGGCUUUUGACAAAUGAAGAACAACCAUAACAGGUAGAGGGAACACCAUGAACUAGGGCAUGAAAUUGAGUGUGUAACAUGUUCUAGAGAGAAGUGUGUAGGCAGGAGUUACUGGAAAAACAGGUUGGAAAGAGAUUAGUUAAGGUCUCACAUGCCAUGUCAGAGAGUUUAGAGUUGAUUUUUCAGUUAAAGAGUAGGCAUAAAAAGUAGGGGAGUGUUUUUAUUUUCUCGACAUCUGUAACAGGAUGGAUUUAAAUUGCAAGAGACCAGGCCAGAGAGAAUUAGUUAAGAGGCAAAAUACUUUAAAAAAGAAAAAAUGAAGCCUAAAUGAAGACCAUGGAAAUUAAGAUGGAGGAGAAUAGAUGGCGAGACGUUUCAGAUAUAGAAUCAGUAGAUCCUCUUAAUAGAUAAUGAAGAGGACAGGUGAGGAAGAGUGGGGAAGUCAUUGAUGACUCCAAGAUUUCUGCUUGGUUGACUACCAAGAGUGGCAACAAGAGGAAGAAAGAAGUUUGGGAAAAGGGAGAAGGAUAAUGAGUUUGACACGCAGACUAAAGUGUAUCCAGAUGGAAAUAUUUGGUCAAUGACUAGAAAUACAGCCCUGUCACAUUGGUGGGAGCUGGGAGAAAGAUAGAGCUUUAGAAGUUGGCUAUGCAGAAAUGAGGCCUGAGGCCAUUGGAGUAGACUGAAUCAUCUAGGCAGAAUUACAGGAUGAGUGAAAAGGAGGUUUGAGGGUGAAACUUCAUACAACACCUGGGUUUGAAGAACCAAGAAGCUGAACCAUUAAAAAAAAAAAAAAGAUUAAUAAUUAGAAAUAAGGGAAGAAAACCAGAGUAUUCCCAUUUUGAAGAAAGAAGCCAGUGUGGAUGUGAGAGGAACUCAGAAUUUUCAGAGACACAGUGUACAAGAAAUUUUCAGAGAUGGAAUAAAAUGAGAACUGAGAAGAAACCAGUGGAUUAACCAUAUUGAAGCUGUUCUAUAGGCAAUGGUGGCAGAGUCGGAUUUCAGGACACUGCGGAAGAGGAUGCGUAGGUGUCCACUCUUCUUUGAUAGUAUUUACUAGAGAAGAGAAAGCACUGGGGGCUGUGUAUCUCAAAGGAAGGGGUAUUUUUUUUCUUUUGAUCAGGAGUUUUAAAUAUAUUUGUAAGCUGAAGAGAGGAGUCAAGCUAUGUGUACGUGGGGCAAAAUGGUAUAUAUGGCGUGUAUUUUUAAAGUGAGUAGUUCAUUGCAUCUUCAACUUUUUUAUUUUAUUCAUAUGUGUCUUAUAUGAACAGGUAGUAGAAUAAUGGAAAAUUACAUUUGUUGGGUAUUUACAAAGGGCUUUUAUAUACGUUACCUCGUUUUAUCUUGACAGCUAUUCUGAAAUACAUAGGCCAGUUGUUAUUCUUUUUAUUCAGAUGAGGAAACUUAAGUCUCAUUGAGGUUUAAAAUCAUAUACUUUGUGAUAAAGCAGGACUUGAACCCACCUCUUAGGACUUCAAAUCUCAUUUUAGAUUUUACAGUUAAUCAAAGCUAUCUAAGUUAAAUUUUUAUUUUCAACGUUCUGUUAAUAUCAUCCAUUCAUACAUUCAGUCAAAAUUUUGUUGAGGUACUAGGAUAGGUUAAAAAAAAAUACACUUGUAGCCUUUAGGAGGUUUAAUAUCUACUGAAAGGUGGCAGUCAAUAAACCAGCAAUUGCAAUACUGUGAUAUGUGUUGUUAAGUCGUCACAACCUGAUACCUUGUUCAGUUGAAUUCUUCUAUGCAACUCGUAAGACAGUGUAAAAUUUAAAUACCUCGUCUCUUCCAUUUCAGGGAAGGCAUUAAACAUAGGGCAACAAUUUCAAACUCAGGAAAAAUACUUUUGUUUAAUGACAACAAUGAAGAUUAAGAAUAAUUUCACACAUUAAGAAAGGUUGAUCAUUUUCCAGUUCUUCACUAUGCAUUAUUUUGUUUGAAGUUUAUAAAUUUACAAGAGGAUUAGGUGACCAUAUUUCACUUUAUGUACCAAAAUAUUCUAAAACAAAAUAAAAUUAUAUUUGACUAUGAUUUUGGAUUAUCUGUUCCAAAGUAUUUAAUGAAAAGUCUCCUUGCUGUUUUACUGAGUGAAAAAGUUUUGAUUAUUAACUCAGAGACAGAAUGACUAGGUUGUUAAAUAAUUGUGUCUUACUGUUUCUAUAAGAUCUUUGUCACUCUCAAGCAUUUGUAUAUAGGUUUCUGGUACUUUGAGGGUAAAACCACAAUGAUGAUUUUUAUUUUUAAUAAGUUUAGUUUUCAGUCUAAGCUCAGCUACUAACUGUACAUAUGAAAUACUGGUUGUCAUUUUACUAAGAAGAGGAAUCACGUUUGUAAAUCAGAUGAGAGUUCAUGACAUGAUUCUUUUGGAGAUACUAAGUAUCAAACUAAACUUUGUCUAACUGUAGUUUUAAAUUGUGAAUAAUAGUAUAGUGACCAAAUAAAUGUGCUGUACUCCAGUGCUUUAUAAAACAAAUGAAAAAGUGAUCUUUCCACUAGGAGGCAGUAUUUCUACAAGUAGCUUUGCUCUUUUCCUUGGUAUAAAGUUGAACCAAUCUUACUCUCUGUAUUUAUUUGUACCAGGAAAGAAAAAAAAAAAAAAAAAAGAGGUGCUUUUAAAGUUAAUGAAUGUAUUGCUCUUACUUUAUAUAUGCACCAUCUUGUAGUUCAAGUAUAUAAAAGCAUUUAGGAACCCUCACCCACCUGGAUCUAUCUCACUUCUACAGAAUCUCCAGUAAUUCCUUUUCUGUAAGUAGAAUUUUGGGGGAGAAAUUCAGAGAAGCUUAUUCUAUGACACAUGACAAAAACAUAACACCCAUGGAUUCAAAAGCUGGAGGAUAAGAUGUCAAUUACAUGUGAAUUAUAUUUUAUAUUUCAAAGUAGAUUUAAUAAUUGUUUUUACUUGGUUGUAUUAAAGUUAUACUUACAAUAUA